AUGUCUUUUGUAAAAACCCCGAAGCGCUUAUACGACGACUUCACGGACAUGCAGCAUCUUCGGCAAUAUAGUCACAAUGCUCCAGACGUUCGUUUCGUCAAUCACAAUCAAAGCUCGUAUACUGGCUACGGGCAAAACUAUGACGAACAAAAUCCCCUGCAUCUUCCGCAUGCAAGCACCAACCCCCAGACACACAACUUAUAUUCCACUGAGUUUCAUCGUGAAGCUUUACCAUCGUCGAUAUUGCACCACCCUAAUGUAAACGAGCCAUGGGUCUCAUACCCUCAAAACUAUCAUGUUGAUUCUACAGGAAAUUAUCGCUUCCCCGACUAUCCAUAUCCUUCUCAUCACCUUGUUCCGCCUGUAGAUCCAGCAGCGUCACGAUCUAAUUUCCGAAAUGCUGGGCCUGUGGAUUUGGAUUUGUACUCUGGCAUGCAACGUACCCUUGCUGGAUCAUUGGAUCCCUCCACCGGGGUAUUUUAUCGCAUGCCUGAGCACCCACGUCUUCGAACAGCUCAAGCAUGCGAAAAGUGCCGUACUAGGAAGGCAAAGUGUAGCGGCGAGCAUCCGUCGUGUAAGCGAUGCUCGAAUCGAGGUCUUGUAUGCGAGUAUGCCAAGGAAGGACGCGUUCGUGGUCCUAACAAACCCAAGCCAAAACUUCCUGUUGUACAAGAAAUGACUUCUCCCCUCGUCCUUCAAAACCCGUCUCCCCUUACGUCGGAAAUUCCGAUUCCAAUCUCCACCCCUGUUGGAGUAUGUCCAACUCGCAGAUAUGUCUCACCAUCUAUUCUACCUCCUUCCAUGUCGGCAUCCUUGUCGUCACCAUCAUCACCUUGUUCUAUUGGCUGCAACGCGCUCUAUUCACCUAUCUCUUCUUCCACAAGUUCACCCGAUCCUACGGUCGGGUCGCAUUAUCACGCCGAUCCAAAGUCAUUUAGUGGUAGCCGAGGCGAUACACGUAGACUCUCCAAUUUACGGUUAUAUAGGGGUAGAUAUGGUUCAGACUCUGCUGCCUCUGAUCUGCCCUCCGCGUGCUUUCAGUCGAUGGCGCACCCUGUCGGAUAUCGACCUUACUCUCGGGUGCCUGAAUCGUUGGUACAGUCGCAUAUAAAUACAGAAAAAACGAUAUCAACGUCUGAAUCCUUUGCACUCGAUCACGCCGGGGAUUCCGCGCGGGAAAUUGCGACCAUUGGGGACGUUUCGUUAGCAGGAUACUCGCAGGCGGACGUUGCAUGUGUGCCAUACUAUACACAUGUAUCCGAAGACUCAGUCUUUGCAGAAACCGGAGUCCAACGAUCCCGAUCCUACAAUUUCAUGUCCCACACGGACUUCCGCCCAGAGGAGGGUUUGCGGCUGGAAUGUAUCAAUCUAAACACACGCCAGUAA